AUGAGUUGGAAGGGUUUUCAAAAGGCGGUGAGCCGUUUACCUCACCAGAUUAUGUCAAAGAAGGCCGAAGUGACCCGAGAUACCGAAUUCAUGGCUCAAGAGAAACGAUUUACGGACCUGACAAAGAUUGUGGACCAGUUUCAAAAAGAUAUCCAAGCAUUUCGCGAUGCAAUUGCAGCUUUACUGGGUCAUCAAGCGAAGAUGGCAUCCUUUUUGACAGUUAUAUACGACACACAUCUUGGUAUCGAACAAGGGGGUAUUCAGAAGCGUGUGCAACAGACACCAGCAGCAGCAGUACAAGCGGCCAAUGAUGCUGAAGCGGCAAUGGCCUAUUGCCGAGACGAGGUUUUACCUGAAUUGGAUCUCCUUGAUCAUACCGUGGUGCGCCCUAUGCUCGAAUUGAAGGAAAUCAUAAAGACCAUUCAAAAGACCAUCACCAAAAGGAACCACAAAAUGAUUGAUUAUGAUCGACACAGGGCUUCUUCAAACAAGCUCAAAGCCAAAACUGAACGAUCCUUCAACGAAGAAAAGCAAUUGUAUAAGGUGGAGCAAUCGUUAGAGAAGGCAACCGAGGACUACAAUUAUCUCAAUGACAUGCUCAAAGCCGAAUUACCACGUUUCUUCCAUCUCAAAGCCAUGCUGAUCGAGCCUUUAUUGGAGCACUUUUACAACAUGCAAUGCAAGAUUUAUGGCAUGAUCUAUGCUCGUUGCUAUGAAUUGGUGAAUGCCAAUGUGAAUCAUUUUGUUACACACGCGAUGCCAUUGCAAGAUGGAUACAACUGGCACAAGUCUCAAAGGGAUAUGCAAAUGGAAAUGGAGAGCUUGGAUCUAUUAAAAUCGGGAGGCAAGGCAUGGCUCAAAGUAUCGGGUGGUGCCAAUAGUUCCAAAUUGACGCUUAAGGAACGGGCCGCUUUGCGAAAGGAAGAAGAAGCGUAUGCAGCAGCGCAAACAGAGAAUGGUUUCCCACAAGAAAAGACAAUGGCACCAUCAGCUGAUUAUCAUCAUUCAUAUCAACCUCCUCCUGCAGCAGCAGCAGCAGCACCAUCGUAUACAACACCUAAUUCGCCACCCACUCCUGUACCAGCACCACGAAGCAACAACAACACGCUCUAUGUGAUGGCACUUUAUGAUUACGAUUCCCAGACUGAAGGUGAUUUAGUUUUCCAAAAGGAUGACAAGAUUGAGGUGAUUCAACGCACUGAGGACCAAAAUGAUUGGUGGACUGGAAAAUUAUGCAGAACAGGAGCAACAGGCAUCUUCCCAGGAAACUAUGUAGCUAUAUUAUAA